AUGGCUGGAAAUCCAACUGAAGAAUUGGAACUGUUGGAGCGUGUACUUCUGCGAUUGGGUUUUGCCGAUACGGAUGAGCAGCUGCAGGUUACGGUGACGAAAUUUCUCACUCCGGUGUUGAUAAAGAUCACGUCUCCGAAUGAGAACGUUCGCAAGAAGGUGAUGGAGAUCCUGACGCACAUCAACAAGCGGUUGAAAUCACGCAAUCAAAUUCAAAUUCCGCUAGCUCCAUUGUUAGCGCAAUAUCAACAGGCCGAUUCAUUGUUUUUGAUUAAUUUCGCCAUCAUCUACAUAACGAUGGGCUUCCCAAGACUGACAGUGGAAGAGCAAACGGAGCUAGCUCCUGUCCUGUUGAACUGCUUGGAAGGGAAGCCAGAAACACAUCAGGACAAAAUCCUGAUGCUGGUCCUUCCACUGCUGGGUGAGAUUAAGAUACCGGAGAAUCCCGAAAAACGCUCGGAAUUGCUCGGACUUUCAAACAAACCGCACACCAAACAGCAGCUUCUGUCCAUCCUGAUGGAUGUGCUGUUGCUACCGUACGGUACGCUUCCCGACAGUGACGUACCACCCGGGAUGAGCGUGUAUUCGUUCAAGCGCGUUACCACGAAACCGCCCAAAGCGGAGGAACUGGAACAAUUGAAGAAGGGCAUCGUACGUUUCCUUUGUGGGGGCAUUUUUCCGGAUCAGGAAAUUUUAGCCCAUCUUGUAGUGGCUUCGGCCGAUACGCGAUUCUCCGUAGCAACACCCGCCAUUGGAGAGUUGAACAAGAUUUGCAGUUCGCUCGAUUGGACCGAUCCCAAGUUAUCGGCCCCACUAUAUACUCUGUUCUCUGGCAAUGGAUCUAAGCUGCCCGAUCGCAAGACAAGUGGAGUGAGCGCGAGAGUACGCCAGAAGUUGUUCCAGCAUUUGCUCAAGUGCCGUGGAAAAGGAAUCAUUAUUGCGAACGGGAUCCAGGUGAUUUUCGAGUCACUGUUUGGGGACAAUACGAACCAAAAGUGUAAAGUGUUGGCGCUACAGUUUGCGUACAAUUUAAUCAAUAACGGUCAGACGGAUCUUAUCAACAAGCUGUCGAAGGUAUUGCUGACGGGAAUUGCCAAACUGAUCGGCACAUCGUCCGAGGAAUCGAACGAGGUACAGAAUGCGGCGUACAGUGCGAUGGCACAGCUAGCGAUCGUCUGUCCCACCACGGUGAACGAGGACAUUCAGCUCGUCGGCGAGUACUUUAACCAUCUCCAGCAGGCUCCGGUUGAGCUGCAUUCAUCCAUACGUGAAGCGCUAGUUGCGCUGGCUCAAGCAUUCGAUUGGCGAAAGCAGACCAGUUCCAAUUCCGGUACCAAGGUACUGGAGACCGUGAAUAGUUACGAGAAGCCAGGCACAUCGAAAAGAAAGCUUGUCUCUUCGACCGCACGCUUUGUGCCGAACGCUAACCAGCAGCUGCUGCUUGCCCUGCUCGCCGAAAAGGCAGAAUCGAAGCUAACGAUUGUGCAAAAUGUAACCUCAGUUUAUCUCACCACCUGUUUUCCUGAUUAUUACGUGCCUUCGCGCUACCUGCUACUGAUCAUAUGUGGCGACAGUUCGCAAUUGCGCGAAAUGAUGACCACCUACCUGUACGGUGUGUCGAAGAAAGAUCACAUCAAUUAUGGUGCCAUUCUGUCUGUGAGCGAUUACGAUCGUUUGGCACAAUCGAUGGAAUCGUCCGACACGAAGCACAUCGUACUGCCAUCGUUCUGUGAGAUGGUGGAGCACGUGGCAGCUAAAUCGGAGAGAAAAGUGGCAACGGUUGUUGAUCGCAUGGGGUACGGUAAAGUGAAGUUACCGUACGCAGUCGACACGUACGUGGAAAUAUUGGAAUAUUUGCGCCUCUGUUUGCUGUUCAAUGCGGGUGUUACUUCGCAUCCUAGCGAUGAGGAAACGUUCUUUAAGUUGACCGCUUUUCUGCGCAAGCUUAUUGCCGAAGGAAACCGCGAAACGGUUGUAAAGUACAAUGAUCUCGUGCGCCGUUUGGUGAUCGCUCGCAAGGGUAUAAGCGAACUGACGUGUCUGUACGAUCUGGUGAACGGUAUUCCGGAUGCGCUCGUGGAAGAAAAUCGGGAUCUUCUGCUAACGCUGGAAGGAUCACUGAAGGAAACGUCCGAACCGACGCGAGUCCUUAUCGCAAUGGUGUACGGUGUGCUGGUAGCGUAUGUAAGCGACGAUGCAGAAUUUGAUCGACAGGUGCGGGAACUGCAAACGCUUGGCAGUAAAUCGCUUGAAACACGACAUGGGUCCAUACUAGCUGCAGCUCAUGCUGUCCAUCGGAAGUUGUUGCUCAAGCGAAAGGGCACGAAUGCGAUUAUUGAGGAGUGGGUCAUACUGAAGGAACUGGUGGAAUUGCUUAUUUCUUUGCUUCGUGAUCAACAAUCACUGCUACAAUCGGCCGCCAUUCGAAGUUUAUCACUGAUUGGUUCCACCACAGCUUUACCACUACCGGAAGAAGAAAGUAUGGACACGGAUGAUGGCGGGGAGGAUGCUAAAAAAAAGACGGCUACAACGAAAGCAUCCCUGAUGGAAACACUCGUAGCGCUGCUACAAAGUGGACAUACGAAGGCGAAAAUUCGCGAAGAUGCUGCACACUGUCUCGGAUACCUUGCGGUGGGUGAUCAGCAGUAUUAUGCCCGGAAAGUGUUGCACCGCUUUCUUGGUAUGCUGAAGAUGAGCAAAGAUCCUGCACUGCACAUUGCGAUGGGACAAGCGCUCGCUUAUACGUUGCAGGGCGUCCCUAAAGAUAGGUACGGUACGAGCACAAGCGUAGAGGAAACGGUUGGCAAUGUGGACGAUGAAACGCUUACCUGGUUCUUGAUCGAGCUGGUCAAACAGGUGAAUGAAACGCACGCGUACCUAAAGCAGGCAUGCGCCGUCUGGUUAUUGGCGAUCGUGAAAAACUGUAGCCACCGGAAGCCGCUGCGAGAGAAGCGACAGAUUUUGCAGCUCGCCCUGACGGAUCUUCUUUCGGAGGACAAUGAGCUUGUACAGGACGUGGCAUCUCGUGCAAUGGGCAUAUUAUUUACGCUUACCAGCAACGAGGACCAGGAAGAGAUGUCGAACCUGCUGCUCGAUCAGCUUAUCGGUGGCCGGCGUCAAGUGCAGAAGGUUGUCGAGGAUACGAAGCUUUUUGAGGAGGGCGUUCUUGGCAAAACUCCCAUGGGAGGCAACCUAUCAACAUACAAGGAGCUUUGCGGACUAGCUUCCGAUCUUAACAAGCCAGAAAUGAUUUACCAGUUCAUGCAGAUAGCUAAUCACAACGCUACCUGGAACAGCAAGCUCGGUGCAGCGUUUGGACUGCAGUCCAUUUCGAAAUCGGCCAAACUGAAGAUGGAACCAUAUCUGGGCAAGAUUGUUCCUCGUCUAUUUCGCUACAAGUACGACCCAACGCCAAAGAUCCAAAACUCGAUGAUAAGCAUCUGGGACUCGGUGGUAAGCGAUUCGAAGGCUACGGUUGAGCUUUACUACUGGGAGAUAUUGGAGGAUGUGACGACAAACCUUACCUCGUACGAAUGGCGCACACGCAUUGCCUGUUGUCUUGCCGUACGGGAUCUAAUAAAACGUGCGGCUGGAUUAAAACUUCGAUCGGAUGCGGUGGGUAGAGGAGGUAAAGGGGAACCCUUGCCCGCUACCAGCAUGGAUGUAGACGAUCGACCAAGCGUACCAGAGCCCGAGCUGCGCUAUUUGUGGAGCCAACUGUUCCGUGUAAUGGACGACCAGCACGAAGGGACGCGUUUGGCGGCGGAAGGAACGGCAAACGCGCUCAGCAAAGUGUGUGUUGUGGCUGCAUCGAGCGAUCACAACAAAUCGGCCAUGAAUGUGGCGAGUUCGAUCAUUCCGUUGCUGCUGGAAACGGGCGUCACACACACGGUGCCUGAGAUACGAAAGCUCAGCAUUCGCACACUGUCUGAGCUGAUCGAUUCGGCCGGUGCGCUGAUAUUGCCCCAUCUGACGAGUUUGGUGCCCUGUUUGCUGCAAGCUACGGGUGAGCUGGAUUCUACCAAGCUGGCCUAUUUGUCGACGAUGGUAUCGGGGCAGGCGGGUGGUGGCACACAGGAAACUAUUGACUCGUUGCGUGCCGAGGCGGUAAAGCAGCACUACACGAUGGAAACGUUGACGAAAUGCAUCCGGCACAUUGACUAUGGCACGCUGGAACGCAUGAGUCCGGCCGUGCUGGAUCUGGUAAAGUCGAGCGUUAAUCUUGGAACCAAGGUGGCCUGUGCGCACUUCAUCUGUUUGGUUAGCAUACAUCUCGGACAGGAGAUGCAACCGUUGACUAGCAAAUAUCUGGGCUCCUGUUUUGGUGGACUAACGGACCGUAAUGCAACGGUGCGCAGGUACUAUGCGUCCGCCAUUGGGCAUCUGAUCGGUACGGCCAAAGAGCAAUCGAUCGAACGAUUGUUCGGCAAGCUGGAGGAGCUAUAUUUCGAGCAGCAAGCGUCCCGUUCGAAGGCGGUCCCUCUGACGAUACAGGCGAUUAAUAAACGGCAUCAGGAGUUGCUGAAAGACUACAGUGCGCACGUGCUGCCGUUGGUGUUUUUUGCCAUGCACGAAGAGAUCACGGAGGAUACGCGAUCGACGGUGGAGUUAUGGCAGGAGUUGUGGCACGACAUCAACACAGGCGAUGCGGGUUUGCGUAUGAAUUUGGAUGCGAUCGUAACGAUACUGGAGACGAAUCUUAACAAUCCUUCCUGGGUGCUGAAAGCACAGGCUGGUGCGGCUACAAAUACGCUUGCGUCAAAGUUGAGCGCCACGUUGGAAGAUUCGGUUCGAUGUCGGUUGAUCGAAUUGAUCCUCAACAAUGUGAGUGGGCGAACGUUCCAGGGUAAGGAGCGAUUGUUGCAAGGGUUAGCCAGCUUAUGCAAGAAGCUCGACCAAACAGCGACAAAUCACGCCGAGCGGAUAGUUGAUGCGGUAAUGAAGGAAUGUCGCAAGGAGGAACCGAUCUACCGUACGCAUGCGUUACGAUCGCUGGGCAACAUACUGAACGAACUGAAGGUGGAUCGUUUCGAGGAAGUGUACAACAUGGUUUGGCAUUUGCUCGAUAAGCAGCAACAGCAAGAUUCUGACGGUGCCGGCGAAAGCACCUCUUCCGGGGCUGAAUUUGUACCGUCGGAGGAACGUAACAAGCAGAUGCUGAUAUCCAUACAGCUAAAGGAGACGGUUUGCGAAACGCUCGGCAAAGCGUGGCCCGAAUACUCGAUCGAAACGCAACGGCGCUAUCAGCGAAUGUUUGUCGAAAAGUGUGUCCAGUGUCUGAAGCUCAAUACACGUCCCGUGCAACUAUGCUUGCUACAGGCGCUUGGUCGGUUUUUGGAACGUUUACAUCUGCUCCGAAGCAAGAUGGACGAGGCCGGCGAAGGAGAAAGUGGUAGUAGUACGGGAGGGACCGUGGGAGCGAAUCGUGAGAAAAAAGCCAAGGUCGAAACGGCAGAUCCAGUGGAUGGAAACAUUCUGGAGACGAUUUGUCGUAUCGUUCUGUCGGCUAUCGUGGAAGUAUCAGCGAUACCACAUACUGGGCUGAAAAAGGAAGCACUGAACGUGAUGCUUAUAUUGACGAAAAAGUUAAAGGCAAAAGACCGCGGAACCGUCGACAUGGAGCUGGGCAUGGUGCGACAAACGUUCGCUCAGAUACUGCAACAACUGCAGAAGGAUAGUGCGCCGGAAAUUAAAUGUCGGCUGAAGGAUUUGGAGGAUAAGCUCAAGUAAGAUCUG